AUGUCGCUCGAUGCGCCAGCUUCGGCGUAUAGUAUCUCUGAGCCCCAGGCACGGGCUCUAAGUGCUUCAUGUCUUGAUUUCCUCCUAAUAGAGCUGGUACCUAUGGCAGAACGCCUGGCGAAGGAACUCUCAACCGAUGAUAAGACCCCCGAUGACGAUGAGAUUAGGGAAACAACAUUUUUCCGCCUCGAGUCUCUUGGAUACAGAGUUGGACAAGGUCUUGCAGAAAGAUUCUCUCGAGACCGCCCUAGAUUCUCGGAUAAUCUUGAUGUUAUCAAGUUUUUAUGCAAAGACUUAUGGACCAUCCUUUUCAAGAAGCAGGUCGAUAAUUUGAAAACCAAUCAUCGGGGAGUAUAUGUUCUGACCGAUAAUUCAUUUCGGCCAUUUGCAAGGAUGAGCAUGUCUAUGAGAAGCGAGGCGGUGUCCAUGGCUCAGGCGUACCUAUGGUUCCCAUGUGGUGUCAUUCGAGGCGCUCUAUCAAACCUGGGAAUUAAUACUACUGUUCAGGCCGAGACGGGUGAGCUUCCAGGAGCAACAUUUCAGAUCAAAACAGUCCAACCCAAAUCAUGAAUAGAGUGCGAACAGCUGGCCCGUACGUUAUC